GUUAAAACAUAUUUUCACAAUAAAUGGUCACCCAAUGAAUGUAACACUAGCUCUGAUACGGAUAUAUAUUUCAUAAAGAGAAUAUGUACAGGAUACAUCGCCAAAUCUCGUGUCGUUUAAGCUCACAACUAAAAAAGUUUGGGAUGUGUCACUCACCGAGCUCUCAGCGCGCUGACGGAAGACUUGUCGAUCCUGCGGGGAGAAAAAGACAUGCAGUUACGUUUAGUUCCUCAACACAAGUGAAAACCUCAAACACAAAGAUGGUGGACUCUCAAUACUACCUACCAAAUGACAUUGGCAUCUCCGCUCUUGGCUGCACCGAGGCCUUCCGCUUGCUCUCAUCUGAGGAGAAGAUGUAUGCCCACUACCUGUCACGAGCGUCCUGGUAUGGAGGCCUCGCAGUGCUCCUGCAAACAUCGCCUGAGUCGCCCACCAUCUUUGUCUUGCUGCAGAGGAUUUUCCGAAAGCAGACGCCAGCGCAGCUGGAACAUGUGGCAAGAGCAGCUGGGCUCAGCUCAGAAGAGUACCAGGCCUUCUUGGUGUAUGCAGCAGGUUUCUAUGCCAACAUGGGAAACUACAAAUCCUUUGGGGACACUAAGUUUGUCCCAAACCUACCUAAGGGCAAGUUGGAUGCUCUAGUGAGGGCUAGUCAGGCUUUUCAGGAUGAACCUGAAGAAAUGGGGGCUCUUUGGGAUAGUUGUUCAUGUUUCAUCGACUCCCUGAAAGACAAGCAGAAACAACUGGGGCUUGGCGAUAAGGGAAUUACCACCUACUUCUCAGGUAACUGCUGUCUGGAGGACGCUGAGCUGGCACAGAAGUUUCUUGAUUCAAAGAAACUGUCUGCUUACAACACCCGACUCUUUAAAAGGGAAAAUGGCGAGAAAACUUGUUAUGAGGUGCGCUUGGCCUCAGCUGUCAACAAAGAUUGUACAACAGAUGGCGAGUGUGAAUCAAGCUGUGGAUGCUUCGACUUUGAGGGAAAAGAGUUCUCUGUGAAAAGGGGGGACUACGCUACUCUCAUGGGGAGGGUCUGCCAGUACCUUAAGAAAGCUCAGGCUCAUGCUGCCAAUGAGAACCAGAAAAAGAUGCUAGAGGAGUACAGGCGAAGUUUCACUUUUGGGUCCGUUGAAGCCCACAAAGAGGGAUCACGCUAUUGGAUCAAAGACAAAGGACCAAUCGUUGAGAGCUACAUUGGCUUCAUUGAGAGCUACAGGGACCCCUUUGGCUCGAGAGGGGAGUUUGAAGGUUUUGUGGCAGUGGUGAACAAAGCAAUGAGCGAGCGUUUCACUAAACUCGUGAGCUCUGCAGAAGUGCUACUCCCUGAGCUUCCCUGGCCGAGGGAGUUUGAGAAGGAUACUUUCCUCAAGCCUGACUUCACGUCCCUCGAUGUUCUCACCUUUGCCGGCAGUGGAAUUCCAGCUGGGAUCAACAUUCCCAACUAUGAUGACAUCAGGCAAUCUGAAGGCUUUAAGAAUGUCUCACUUGGAAAUGUGCUAGCUGUUGCUUACGCUACCCAGAAAGAAAAGCUUACCUUCCUGGAAGAGGAGGACAAGGAUUUGUUCAUCAAGUGGAAGAGUCCAUCAUUUGAGGUGCAGGUCGGACUUCAUGAACUGUUAGGCCACGGCAGUGGAAAGUUGUUUGUCCAGGAUGACAAGGGCAAGUUUAACUUCGACCAGAGCAAAGUCACUAACCCUGAAACGGGCGAGCAGGUUUCAAGUUGGUAUCAGGACAGUGAGACCUGGGACAGUAAAUUCUCCAUUAUUGCCUCUUCUUACGAGGAAUGCAGAGCUGAGUGUGUCGGGCUCUAUCUGUGCCUAAACAAGGAAGUACUCAGUAUUUUUGGUCACAAGGGCCAGGAUGCGGAGGAUGUGGUGUACGUGAACUGGCUGAGCAUGGUGCGAGGAGGACUGCUCGGCUUGGAAUUUUACACACCUGAGAACAAGAACUGGAGACAGGCUCACAUGCAGGCUCGAUUCGUGAUCCUGCGUGUGUUGCUGGAGGCCGGAGAGGGCCUGGUGGGCUUGGAGGAGGUCACAGGAACGGACGGCAAGCCCGAUGCUCGAAUCACAAUAGACCGAAGCAAGAUCCACACCGUGGGAAAGGACGCCAUCCACAAAUUCCUUCGGAAACUGCAGGUCUUUAAAUCCACAGCAGAUGUGGACAAAGGCAAGGCCCUCUAUGACGGAUACUCCACCGUAAGCGAGAGCGGGACUCACCACUUCUUGCGCCUUCGUGAGACUGUGCUUCUGAGGAAAGAAGAUCGUAAGAUAUUUGUCCAAGCCAACACCAGGAUCAACGAGGACAGCGUUGAGCUGGUGGAGUACGAAGGCAGUGCGUCGGGCUUGAUUCAGUCUUUCACGGAGCGCUUUCAGGACGACAAGGAACUAGAAGCCGACCUCUUGGAUUUGAGCAAAGUAGAUUGUUCCUGUUGGUGUUGAUGACUGUCUUUCUUCAGAAUCCAAUUCGACCUUAUCUUAGCUUCUCAGAUUGGUCUUCUUAUAACAGACUCACAGCAAGCCUGAUCAAUUAACUCUACUGUAUACAAAACCACGCUAGCUCACUUGGUUAAUAUUUCAUUAUUUACGAUGACAAAUAUUUUCUUACAUUCAAAAAAACGUUCCUUGAUAUGGUCCCACUGUUCAUUCAAACACACGCAUUGAUUUGACUAGUCUAUUUUUGUUGAUCAUUUUACAAGUUCAAAUGUUUCAAGUUUAAAUAGACUGCGAAACAAUCCGGUUUUGACAUGUUAAUUAAGAAAUGACUUAACAGUAUUCAAUGAACUGAGACAGAAAUUGUGCAAAAAUAAACUAUUUGAUAAAAA